AUCUUCAUCUCUGCGCACUUUGUUGAAUUACCUCGCAUUUUUUCUCUUUGCAGCCAGUUUUAUUUCUGAGCUUUUUAACAAUUGAGCAAAACCAUGAGCUCAACUGAAGUUGAAUGUCCACUUAAACAUGUAGAGAUCUGGAGUCCAACCAGCAAACCCCGUAAAUGGUUGCUAAUUGCCGGCGCCAGCAACCCGCCAGAAAACAUAGUUGUAUCGGGCAGAAGACCACGCGAAGCUCCAACUGCUAGAUCGGGAAAAUAUUUGAGCGGUGUGAACUUUGACUUAGCUCAUAUGGGCCGAGCAGUAGAGACAGAGCUUCAUAACAUAGUUAGAGACUUCGAAAUGACAAAAAACGACGCUACUGAACGUAUUAGGAAGUUUUUCGAGUUUUGCUUUCGAGGCAACUUCAAGCCCAUGCUUUAUUAUACUGGUCACGGUGAAGAGGAUACAGGAAACUGGUGUUUUCAAGAUGGCACAAUAGGGAUAGAGGAGAUAUUUUCUAUGUGUCAGUCGAACAUGGAGUACCCGACAAUCAUAAGUGACGCUUGCUUCAGCGGUCAUUGGGUAAACUAUGCCCACGAGAAGUUGGUGAAAGGUUUUCAGUGUUUAUCUGCAUGUGGAGCUGAGGAGACAGCACUUGACACAGGUGAAGGUGGUGACUUCACGUGUUACCUAUGUGGAAAAGGUGGAACGCUCGAACGAAUUCCUGAAUUCAGUGGGAUUGAGGGGUGUGCCUCAAAGGAUGGAGGCUACAAGUACGAAGAACUAAUCGAGGUACUCCACUCUGUAGAAAAAGAAAACGCUUUGAGACCGAUAAAGUUGGAUAAUUGGAGGCUACCAUCUAGAAAAGAAAUGAUAUCGCAAAGCAUUCAGGGCAAAUAUCUUUACAGUAUCUUUAACAAUUCAUAUACCGACCAGUCAGUAGUGGGUAUAAGUGGUACCUGGGAACAAGUCCGCGGUGUUAUCCAGAACAGAUACAAUAACAAAAACUGCAAAGAGCGAUUUGUUUAUUCUCUUCAAGCUGAUUCAGAAACUGAUAUUUUUUAUGUUAUCAUGGUGUCAGAUUUCGGGAGUGAACAGAUAAUUGUGACAUUUGAGAACACGUAUGAUGUGGUGGCUCCCAAAGACUUCAAGAUCACCAGUUGCACUUCAGCUGGUGGGAAAUAUCAACUGGUUCUCACGAAAGGAGCAGAAUCCCAAUUGCUAAGACUCAAAUUGUGCUUGCCAAGUGGACAAGAAGUGCAAACAUUCAACAAGAAUGAAAAUAAUGCAUUUUCCUCAGGGCGCAAUAAGAAGGGUCUCACUAGUAUCUGCUACAACAAAAGUAAAAAAGAGUAUUUGGCAGUGACCGCUGAUAUUUGGAAACGGUGGUAUGCGUUUUCUGAUCCGACGAAACAAGCGGAAUACCAAUGGUUCUCUUCAUGGAAACACGCUAAGAUGGGGCUUAGUGUUUUGACGGAUGAUGCCGAUAUUAUUUUCAGUGAUCCAACGGACGGAAGUUUCUUGUGUGUUGCUAAUUAUUUUACAGUUCUUCCUAGUCUCCUAUCAACGGAGACUUGUCUGAGCUGCUACAAGCUUCAAUGAAAGUUCAAUUGCCUGUAAAAAAACUGCGAACUUCCAAUAUGACUGAAGCGCCACGCAAAAUCAUCGAUACUAAAAUUAAUCAUCGGACUGCGUUGAGUUAUCAAUCAAAUUCAAGCAUUUUUAGUCGUGAUUCGAACCAAUUUAAAAUA